GUCUCGCUGCUUUCUAACAUAGAUGACUCCGCCAUGCAGUGCUUGGAUCGAUUGAUCAAUGGAAAUCUCGAUGAGGGUGCUGAUAACGCUGUUGAAGAAACGGCGCCACCUCCAUUAGAUGUAGGCCCUUCGCAUAGUCCUCCUCCUCCACAGGAGUCAAACGCAAAGAACCGAUCAUUCGAUGAUGGCGAAAUUAUCAGCGAUGAGAGCAAUCAGGCCAAGGCUUCAAAAACAAACUCUCUGGAAAACUUUGCUGCGAAGACAGAAGAACGCGAAGUUGCAACACCACCUCCUGCACCUAACGAUACAAGGCAUUCGUCCAUAGACUCUGGAACUUCCAUAAUCGAAAACGAUUAG